ACUUUGUUUUGUCACGUAUAAAAAUUUGGGUUGAUUUUUUUUUGGUUGAUUUGGUUGACCACCAUAAAUAAAUGCUUGAAACCACUUUAUUUUUAGGCUUUUUUUUUUGUUUUAUUAGCGCCAACAAUAUGAGAUGUUUAAUCAUGGUUUUUAGUUCUGAUGAUUGAUUGAUAAUUAUAAAUGACUACUUAAAAUGUAGUCCAAAUAUCUUCUAUACAAAACUUUACAAAAGAUAGGGUACUCUUAGACGUAAUUUUUUGGUUGAGUUUACAUUGCGUAAUGUGUAAUAUUACUUUCAUACUAAACAUAUAAGGUUAUAGCUUCUAUAUAUCUGUUGUAAAUAAACCAUAUAUACAUCAUAUACUAUAUGGCUUUACAACUAUGGUUUAGGAAAAGUGGAUGAGUUGAAUGAAAACAAUUGUGAGGAUAAUGAGCCUUAUCUUCUCUCCUUUCUUUUUAGCUUUUCCAACAAAGGGAAAGAUAAUGAGCUUUAUAGUGGGAACCAUUCACAGUUUCCAAAACAUGAUUGGAUACAGGAAAUUUGUAGAAUAAAAAACUUAAGAAUCUUACAAACCCGUAAGUGGAUUAGGUAUAAAUCUGAAUUUAUCAUAAAGAUUAAUGAUUUAGAACUAUAUUAUUGAAUAUUUUAUUCAUCUUUUCAACUAUUAGAUUGAUAAUGUACUUUAAAUGAUUGUAUCACAAGAAAAUCAUUCUGUUUUUGAUUGGAUUCACCAACAUUCUAUUCACUUAACGAAUAUGUAUCAGUAGCUUUGUGAGAAUACAAAAAAAAAAAAAUCUUCAAAUGUGAUCCUCAAAGAGUUUUAACCUUUUCCAAUGUGACAUACUAGCAUACUUGUUAUAUGAACGAAAUGUGGAAAAAAAAAAGAGGUUUGACCUUGAUCACUAACUUAUGUUCGUCGUUCAAGUACAACGCAUGUGUAUAAGAGAAAAGAUGAAUGAAUAUUCUAAUUAUCUUUUAUUAAAAUAAUGAAAAGCCAAAAAAGACCGAUCAUCGUCAGGACAAAAGAAGAAAAGCCGUAAAGAAAAAACCAACUUGAAAAAAUAAAUAAAAAUCAUAUCUUUUACCAAACAGAUACAGAGACUUCGGAGAAGACGGAGUAUAAUACCAAACGGAAUUUAAUUAAACCGAACCCGGUUUAACAUAAGAGCAGCAAACAACCCUUGGUUUAUUACAUUAGACAGACAACGUAACCAAAACUCUUUCAUGUUCUGUCUGUUUUGUUCUCUUCUGUUCUAAUUUUCUCAGGAAAAUCUUUUUGUGGACAUUCCAGGAAAGUUUUAUUUCAGAUUCAGAUUAUUUUAAAAAAUCUAGAGAAUCACCAAAUACAUUCUUUCGAUCACAAUCCUUUUUGAUCUUCUUCCUUCUCCUUCUAAAUUUUCCGGGAAAGUUUAAAUUUUCCGGGAAAGUGCAUUACUUUAUCUUCAGAUUCACCAGAAUCCAAUUCCUCCGGAUCGAUUAAGAUGAAGCCACCAGCUUCGUUAGAUCACUGGAGAGACUAUUUCCGCCGAGCAGACUCCGAUAUUUUCCAGAUCAUCGAUCACGCCAUCAUGGUCGCAGCCGCAGAUUCGCCGAUCAAAUUCAAAACCAAGAGAGACAAAAUCGCGGAGCUUCUCUUCUCCUGCAGAGUCGCUCGCUGCAACGGAUGCGACCACCUCGAGCUCUCAGUCCCCGGCGAAGAUACGGCGGUUGGUGGUGGUGGUGGGAGUAAAGAGAGCAAUAAACAGAUUGUUGGGAAUAAUUAUAGUUAUGAAGAUGAUGAAGCUGAGGCUUUGAGCGAUGCGAUCGAAGAGUUUUCUUUGGUUUCUAAGGAGGUUGUUAGGAUCAAAGAGGUCUUGAUCAACAAAGACCACGAGACACACGAAGUGAUAAUUGAAUCUCUGAGGAAGUUAAAGUUGAUGUCUUUGGAUGUGGAUAUACUCAAGAGUACUGAGAUAGGAAAGGCUGUUAAUGGGCUUAGGAAACAUGGUUCUGAUCAGAUUCGCCAGCUGGCAAAGACUCUCAUCGCAGAGUGGAAGGAGCUGGUUGAUCAAUGGGUUAACACCACUAAGGAUAUCGCUGGAGGUACACCAGAGUCUGCGAAUCCGUCUGUAGUUGAUGAGGAAGAAGAAGAAGGAGCGUUUCCGUCUCUUCCCUAUGAUGUUGAUAUCUUUACACCUGAAGCUAACGGUUUUGAGAUGUUAAAUGGGGACUUCUUUGAUUCAUUAGACUUUGAUGGAAAUCCUUGUGACUCUGGGGAAUAUAACACAAGCCGAGAACACGAAAGAAGAAAAACACAGAAGAGAAGACCUGAGGGAGGAAUACAAAUGAAGAUACACGACGCUUCUUUUAGAUCUAUCAAGCCAUCGUCAUUAGCUGAUAGGACUAGGAGACCUCUUAAGCAAGAACAGAAGAGGAAAGCUACAGGACCUCAACAAGAAAAACUAAAAGGUCUUGGCGCAGACGCAAAGUUUGAGUUUGCUAAGAGGAAGCUUCAAGAGAGCUACCAACAUCAUGAGAACGCCAAGAAGCAGAGAACAAUACAAGUACUUGAGACGAUCCCAAAGCAAGGUGGUGCUGCUCAGAAACCGCAACUCAAGAGACCUGGAAUGAACAACAGGAAUUGGUCAAACGGGCGUAAAUAGCUUCUUCUCUGUUUAAAAUGGUGGAAUAACUCUCCGCGAAAGACAUUAUUUACAUAACAUUCCAAACAAGUAUCAGCAAUCUCUGGUGAAAUAAACUGAAGAAGGUUCUAUCUGGUUCCACAAGCAGUGGAGAGCUAAACAGAUUCAUCAUCUGAAACAUUUCUUUUAACAAAAAUGUUAACUCCUCUGUUUUUGUUCUUUAUUUAUUCCACCAGCUUGCAGCCAUAUAGGAUCCCAACUGUUGUUACUUGCUUUGUUCUACUACAUUCUUGAGACUCUUCCGGUUUAACUAAUUCCGGUUUGGUCGGGUCAUGUGACUCAUGUUGGGUUCCUUACAUUACUUUAAAAUUGUAAAAGAGGGUGGAUGGUAGAAAAGCUUUUUCGAA